AUGUCUCCUAGUGAUAUGUCUUUCCUCCAGGAGCCCAACCUAUGGCAGGGCCAUGGAGACGCCGAAUUCGAUCUCAGGAGUGACACGAUCACAAAGCCCACCCUACAAAUGCUAGAAGCUAUUGCCAAAUGCACUUUAUCCGACGACGUCUUCCAGGAGGAUAAGACCACCAACUCCCUACAAGAGUACAUUGCCCAGCGGACAGGGCAUGAAGCCGGCCUACUUGUGAUGUCUGGAACCAUGGGAAACCAAGUUGCCAUCCGAUCGCAUCUCUCCGACCCACCCUAUUCCGUGCUCUGUGAUCAUCGAGCGCACAUCCUUCAAUCAGAAGCCGGUGGAGUAAGUGCCUGGACUGGUGCUACAGUAAAUGGUAUCAUGCCCAAGAAUGGACAGUACAUCACCUUGGAAGAAAUACAAAAACACGUUGUACUUGGGAACAACAUCCAUCGAUGCCCCACGAAGCUAAUUAGUCUGGAGAACACACUGUACGGGAUGGUGAUGCCUCUAGCGGAAACGAAACGCAUCGUAAAUUGGGCUCAUGCUCAGGGAAUAAAAGUCCAUUUGGAUGGCGCACGACUGUGGGAUGCGGUGGUAACAGGAGCAGGCGGUCUAUCUGAGUAUGCCAGUUUGUUUGACAGCGUCAGCCUAUGCUUUUCGAAAGGACUCGGCGCCCCCAUUGGUAGUAUUAUCGUGGGAUCUCAGGAGUUCAUUGACAAGGCUCGUUGGUUCCGCAAAUCCAUUGGAGGCGGUAUUCGACAGGCUGGCAUCAUUUCUGCCGCAGCGAGGUUUGCUGUGGAUGAAGUUUUUGGAUUGGAUGCAUGUGGGACGAGCGGAAAGCUGAAAGAAGUCCAUACGAAAGCAAGUAGGGUUGCGACUAUGUGGACCAAACGUGGAGGAAGGUUACUAUAUCCUGUUCAGACGAAUAUGGUAUGGAUCGAUAUAGACAGCGCUGGGCUUCAGCCGUCGGAUCUUGCGAGGAUUGGAAAGCGAAAAGGACUGCGUUUGGGCGAAAAGCGGAUCGUGAUGCAUUAUCAGACAUCAGAUGAAACCCUGUGCCGAUUGGAGGAGGUGUUCCAAGAGGCCUUGAAGAAGACAUGCUCGAGAUUAUAA